AUGUCUGCAACCUCUGCUGAAAACGUUUCUGUGUAUAACGCACAAAACCCUCAAACUACUCUCAUCUACGUGAAUAUGUCCAGCGUGACAAAACUCACAAACGUUAACUAUCUCAUGUGGAGUAAGCAAGUGCGGGCCUUACUUGAAGGACACGAACUCCAGUCUUUUCUUGAGGAAUCAGCCGAUACUCCCUCUGCCACCAUCACGGUCAAUGAUGUAUCAAGUCCUAAUCCCGCCUUUGCUCCGUGGCGCCGACAAGAUCGACUUCUCUACAGUGCACUCAUCGGCGCUAUCUCGCUUCCCGUUCAAUCUGUGGUGUCUAGUGCUACCACCACUGCUGAAGUAUGGAGCCUCCUUGCAACCACGUUUGGUAAUCCAACUCGUGGUCAUAUCCGCCAACUCAAGUUCCAGAUCAAGUCGUGUGUCAAAGGCACAAAGACGAUUUCAGAAUAUCUCCGUUUGAUCAAGGCCAAGGCAGAUGAUCUAUCGCUUCUAGGCAAACCCAUGGAUCCUGAAGACCUCACUGAACAAAUCUUAGAUGGUCUCAGUGAGGAUUACAAACCAGAGAUUGAUGCCAUCAAUGGUCGUGAUACUACAAUCUCAUACACCGAGCUACAUGAACGGCUAUUGAAUCGAGAGGCUAUGCUUAUGUGUUCUGAGGCAACAUCAAUUGCGCCUAUUGUUGCCAAUGCCACAGAAGCUCGUCCACGACAACAAUGGAGGACCAAUCAAAGUCAGCCAAAUCGUGGAAACCAGACUCAAGUGUAUCGCGGCAAUGCGCCUCCUAGUCAGAAUCGUCAACCGUACAAAGGCAGAUGCCAAGCAUGUGGACAACCGGUCACAGUGCAAAGUAUUGUCCUGAGUUUUGCAUGGUCCGUGGAUCUCCAUCACCACAGCCGUGGCAAUCAUCUCCGCAGCCGUGGCAAUCAUCUCCACAGCCAUGGCAGCCACGAGCAAAUCCUGCAAUGA